AUGGGAGGAUAUUCUAGGUAUGGUUCAGGUAUGUAUGGUGGAAUGGGUGGCUAUGGUGGGAUGGGUGGUUACGGUGGUUAUGGUGGGAUGUAUGGACAACAGCCUGGUGCUAUGGGUGGUCCUGGAGGUUUUGCUGAAAGUACGCAAGCCACUUUCCAAUUGAUUGAAAGUAUAAUUGGUGCAUUUGGAGGGUUUGCACAAAUGUUGGAAGCUACAUAUAUGGCUACACAUAGUUCUUUUUUCACAAUGAUUUCUGUUGCUGAACAAUUUGGACAUUUAAAAAAUGCACUAGGUUCAUUUUUAGGGAUUUUUGCAUUGAUAAAGUAUGCUAAGAAGCUGUUGGCUAAAAUCACAGGGAAACAAAUCAAAGGUCUAAAGUUAGAUGCUGAAGAGUUUUCAAAAUUUGAAGCUUCAAGAGCAUCAGAUGCUAGUAAAUCACCAUCUAAGAGAAUCUCAUUAAAACCUUUAUUGAUCUUUUUAGUAAUGGUAAUAGGUACACCUUGGGUUUUGAAAAAAUUGAUUACACAUUUAGCAAAGCAAAAAAAUCUACCUUUACCUGGAUACCCAAAUCAGAUUGGAGGUCAACCAAAUCAACCACUUGACAUGAAUUCCAUUGAAUUUGGUAGAGCAUUAUACAACUUUGUGCCUGAAAACAAAGAAAUUGAAUUGGAGUUGAAGGAAAAUGAUUUGGUCGCUAUCUUAUCAAAAGUUGAUCCAUCUGGUAAGCCUAGUCAAUGGUGGAGAGUGAGGUCAAGAAAUGGUAAAACAGGUUAUAUUCCAUCAAAUUACAUAGAAAUUAUUAAAAGGAAACAACAAGGUGGUGAGGAAAGUAAAGCAAUUGAAUCAGCAUAA